GAAGAAUCCCCGCUCGCACCUCUGAUUCGUUUUUACUCAUGUGGCAUAAGCAAGUGGGUGCAGGGAGAACAGAAAGGAAAGAGGGUUGGCCUGUGCUGUAGGCAGAUACAAGGCUUCCAACAGCUCUUAAGCGUAUUUAUUCAACGCUAAAGAGAUUUGUCAAAGGAUCAGCAAUUAAGAAAACCUGGUCAUUAGGACGCUGUGAACUAAAGCUGUUUUUGCACUUCUGGGCAUAUAAGAGAUAAGGGCUGUCUAGAGUGUGACGCCAGUUGGUUUGAAAGAUUAACUCCUUUAUAACUGGAUAAAGAAAUAAACUGCUCUUUGUUUGGGACAUUGAAAAUUGAAGGAGUUUAGUUCCUUUGGCUUUAAGAAUGACAAGAAGAUCAUGGAUGUACAAGAAGGGACUUUAUCUUUAGACAUGUUUCAGAAAAUAAUGAAUGGGAUUAAGUCAAUAAAACAAGAAUUGAGAAAUAAUAGACAAGCGUGGAGAAUUGAAUUUGAUGAAAUGAGACAGGAGCUGAAAGAAAUUCAGGAUUCUAUGAGAAAGGAGAAUAAAGAUAGAUCUGGAAAACCAAAAAAGGAUGAAAGAGAAAUUAAAGGCAAGGUUCAAACUAUGGAGAUUGGAUUAAAUAUGGACAUGGAAAAAGAUUUGGAUUUCCUGGCUGUGAUGGAUCCUGGAGACAAAUAUUAUGGUUUGGAAAUCAGCGCUGUCCCUGAAGGAAUUGAAGUGAUUGGAGAUAAAGAUAUUAUCGGUUCAAAAAAAUUCCUGGACUGGAAGGAUUUGAUGGAAUUUGAAAUGGAGAAAGUUAACAGAAUUAAUCCCUGUUUUGUGUUAAUGGAAAAAUCUUCAAGAGAUGUGCUAGUGUAUUAUGUAAAAAAGAGGAACAGAGAUGCGGCUUUGCAACAAUACUUCAGUGAUACGUUCGGAAUUGAUGGCAAGAAAAUAUCUGUGAUAAAGGAAAUUCCUAUCAGACUCUUAUUAUAUGACUAUGACAGCAAGAUUAUCGGGUGCGUAAAGAUGGAAGAUGGAAGAUGGAACCAAUAUGGAUAAUGGAAGAAGAGCGAUUUGAAAUUACUGGACUUAGUAGACUUGAUGAGUUAGAUUAAUUGACAUGUUUAUCUAGAAAAAAAAUUGAUGGACAUAUAUCUCAAAGAUUGGAAACUUCUCUUUGACUUUUUGUGGAAGAAUGAAAUGAUAUGAUGUUAAUGAGAUUUGAAACCAAUUAAGAUAACCGCUGGAGGAAGGUGAUUUUAUAAUCUAUUAAGAGACAGGCUUGUUAUAUAUUAUAGAUUUAUAGC